GACAGCCUAAAUUCCCCAUCGGAAGAGAAAGGAAUAUUCGUACCGCGCCGACGACAAAUAAAUCUUGUUUUUUUUUUUGGUUUUAAUCUCCCUGCCCUGCCCUCUCUCUAUAUUUAUUUUUUACCAAUCUCCUUUUCCGCCCCCAACUUUCUAUUUACCUUGCAAUUGCAAAGCUCUAUUGAUUGUUAGGUUUUUCUAUUACGAGGAAAAAAAAAAAAAAAGAAGAAAAAUCAAUGGGUGCGGAGGGAGAGUCCAGCGCUGGCGUCCCCGGGGAUGCGGGAGUGAAUGUAAAUAUUCGAUGCUCAAACGGCUCUAAAUUUUCGGUGAAAACGAUCCUCGACUCGACGGUGGGUGAAUUUAAAGGUGUCUUGGCUCAGAAUUGCGACGUCCCUGCUGAACACCAGCGUUUGAUCUACAAAGGUCGGAUCUUGAAGGAUGACCAAACACUAGUCAGCUAUGGUUUGCAGGCAGAUCACACUGUUCACAUGGUUCGCGGUUCUGCAUCUGCUGCAACUCCUCCCACUGCUGUUCCUACUAGUGCGAACACCAACGGUACUACUCAUGCUGUUGGCCAUGGUGGCCUAAAUCCAGGGGGGGUUGGGGUGGCUGGUACAGGUGCAUCCUUAUUUCCAGGGCUUAAUUUAGGUGCAUUAGGUGGCACUGAGGCAUCAAGUGUGUUUGGAGCUGGACUUCCUGAGUUUGAGCAGGUGCAACAACAACUAACUCAGAACCCGAACAUGAUGAGAGAGAUAAUGAAUAUGCCUGCUAUUCAGAGUUUAAUGAACAACCCUGAGAUUAUGCGCAGCUUAAUUAUGAGUAACCCACAAAUGCGUGAAAUAAUUGACCGGAACCCUGAACUUGGCCACGUACUCAAUGAUCCCAGCAUCCUUCGGCAAACAUUAGAAGCUGCAAGAAACCCUGAGUUGAUGCGUGAAAUGAUGCGAAACACUGACAGGGCAAUGAGUAAUAUUGAAUCUUCUCCUGAGGGAUUCAACAUGCUCAGGCGCAUGUAUGAAAAUGUCCAAGAACCCUUCUUGAAUGCCACAACUGCAGCCGGGGGUACAGCAACUGAUACUGGAUCAAACCCAUUUGCAGCUCUCUUAGGGACUCAGGGGGGUGUCCAGACGAGAGAUGGAUCCAAUGUAACUACUGGACCCGGGACUGGGACUACUGUUCCAAAUGCGAAUCCACUUCCAAAUCCAUGGAGUAAUAAUACCGGAGGAUCUCAAACAAAUGAUGCUACAAGAAGUAAUCCAACUGGUGAUGCAAGACUACCUCCAAUUGCUGGAUUGGGUGGACUCACCCUUCCUGAAUUGGAAAGUACGGUAGGCACAACAGAUUUAUCUGGUUUCAGUCAGUUAAUGCAAAAUCCUGCAAUGGCACAAAUGAUGCAGAGCUUGCUUUCCAACCCUCAAUACAUGGAUCAAAUCAUGGGCCUCAAUCCUCAACUCCGCAGCAUGCUUGAUGUGAACCCUCAAUUAAGAGAAAUGAUGCAAAACCCAGAAAUUCUUCGACAGUUAACCUCGCCUCAGACUAUGCAGCAAAUGAUGGCUCUGCAGCAACAAAUUACUCAACUUACUCGGCAGCAGCCAACAGCGGAAGGAGCUCAGACGGGUCAAGGUAGAGAUGCAGGAGCACAAAACAACAUGGGAUUGGACAUGCUGAUUAACAUGUUUGGUGGACUUGGAGGUGGAAGUUUCAAUGUUCAAAACACUCCUAAUGUACCUCCGGAAGAACUAUAUGCAAACCAGUUAUCACAGCUACAAGAGAUGGGCUUUUUUGACACACAAGAAAAUAUCAGAGCACUCCUUGCUACUUCUGGAAAUGUUCAUGCUGCUGUUGAACGUCUUUUGGGGAACCCUGGUCAAUAGUUUCACAAUCGCAACUGUUCUAUACAACAUGCCUUUUUUCGUUUUCUUUUUUGGAACAUAGUAGUACUAGUCAAGUUUCUAUACAGGCAUUAUUAUUACAUGAGACAAGUACAUGCAACAGAGGCGUGAGAAUAAAUAUUGCACCCCCCACUUUUAUUUUCUGUAAACAAACUUGCUAUGUGAUAUGUUUCUUCAUUAUAGCAAUUUUAGACAUUGAUUUGUGCCUGUGUGUAUAUACAUAUAUCUUAUUUAUACAUGUGUAUUUUCGUGAUGUAUUUAAUUUCUAUCCACAUUUUUUUU